CCCGGAUCACGCCAUCUCUGCAGAAGCCUCGCGUGGGUGUCGCGCCUCGAGCGCCCGUGGGGAGCGCCCCGAGCGCGGGGAUGUGUCUCCCCCACCCCGUACCUCCGGGGCUUCCUCCGGCCCGCGGAGGCGAGCACGGACACGGGCACGGGCACGGACACGGACACGGGCGGGCUCGGUCUCCCGGGUUUCGCCCGCUGCGCCCGGGCCGCCCGCGUUCCUCGAAGGCAGGAGAGGUGGCCGUUCCGGGGGCUCCGGCGGCGGGGAGAGAAGGGCUAGAGCCGGGCUGCCCCGGUUCGCGUUCAGUGCCGGGCAGCGGCCGCUUCCCUGUGGGCAUCCACCGGUCCCCCAGGCAGGAGAGGCACGAUCUCCGCUGUCCGCGCCUGGAGCUGGCGGCAGCGGACGGGCAGCCUUACGGGCGUGGAUCUCUCAACCAGCAUCGACAGCCGGUACCAGAGCGUUUCCCUUGGAUUCCUCUGCUCCUCCCUGAUAGACCCCCCUCCAGGGGAUGCCUCCCCACCCCCCCGACUACCCAGUGACAGACAGUAUUCCUCGUUUUUCCUCUUCCAUCGUAUGUGACGGUCUCCUGUUACACUAGUGGAAAUUCCAGAAUGGAAAUAGGAAAAUACUGGCUCAGGCUCGUGAUACUUUCAAUUGGCCGGAGCUGGAAACACUGCACGGAUGAAUGACGGAAAGUUGUACUCUCUCCACUGUGGAACACACCAAUUAGCUACGGCAGCCCGUGGGGCGGGGAAAGGGGGAAGGAACAACAAUAAUAAUCCCAAGUUUCCCCUUUG